AUGGGAGCAAGCCAAAGCCUGUGCCGAGCAAAGGCUGCUGGUUGCGACUGGGAAGGAGCUCCUGCUCCAAUCGAGGUGAUCGAGGCUGCCGAGGCUGCAGCAGAUGGAGCAGCUCCAGCUGAACAAGAUGCCGUCGAGCUGGAGGAGAUUAUUUCCCGUUUUCAAGCGGCUAUUCCUGGGGCUACAUCUGACUCCGACAAGGAUAUCACGGCUAGGCAAGACAGCAAGUCUCGUCGACGUGAUCUGUUGAACCGAGCAUUGGUUCCGGAUACCGAGAUCAUGCGAGGCAUCUCUCUUCAGAGCACGUUGGUUUGGGGAGGUCGGCUCUGGCGUUUGGCACCGUCGGUUCUGCCAGAGCAAGAAUUGGCAAACAGGUGGCUCCACUCCACGCAAGUCGAGCACUUCGACGUCUUUCUUUCUCACACCUGGCGGACCAAAGGACUCUCGAAGUUCUUUUCUCUGUCCCUUCAGUGUGGCUGGGUUCGCAUUUUUCUCGCUUGGUUCUUGGCGAUCCUCAUCCUGGAGAUUCUGGCAUUCUGGGACAUUCUUUCCCCCCACAUCCUGGUUCAGGUCGCCUUUGAGGGCAAGGACUACACGUGCCCUUUCGGAGCAUGGGGGCUAUACUUGAGCAACCUCGUAUCUCUGGUGGUUUUGGUCCUGGCUCCUGGCGGCGCCAGCAAGCUCUGCUUCCUUGAUGUUGCGAGCAUCAACCAAGCGGACAACAACAUGAAGGAGCGUGGAAUCUUCGGGCUUGGCGGCUUCCUCAAAGUCUCUCAGGAGCUUCGAAUCCUCUGGUCACGGCCAUACCUGUCGCGGCUUUGGUGCAUAUUCGAGAUCGCUGCAUACCGGUUCGCGAAUCCUCGAGGCUGCAUUACAUUCGCACCAUUGUUCCUCGAAAACACAGUUGUCAAGCUCUGGCUGGGAAACUACGUGACCAUGGUGACCUUCAUGUUAUUGUUAAUUGUGGUAGAUGCCGCUGCGGUGGUGAUGCUACUUCCUGCUUUCCUUCCACUUUGCAUGGUCUUCCAUUUCUUGAGGAAGAAUCUGCUUGCAAAGAGGGAACUUUUUGCAGAGUUGCGAAACUUUGACUUGAACAAGGUCGCAUGCAAAAGAGAGUUCGAUCGGAAGUUCAUCUAUUCAGCCAUAGAGGAAUGGUACGGCAGCCAGGAAGCCUUCACGGCCUUUGUCCGCGGCCCAUUGAAAGAAGAGCUGCUCGCCAAGCAGGCCGACACACGGUUGCCGCUCAAGUACACGCUCAUCAUCCUAACGCCAGUAUUGAGCGUCGGCAUGGAUGGCUUGCUGGCUUUUGUCAAAGGAGGCAUGCCUCUAAACUUUCUUAUCUGCUAUGGCUGUGGCAUCCUUCUUGGCCUGUUCUUGCUCUGGUCCGCCGUAACGAUUCGUGUCGCCGUGGCUCUUUGCGACCGCUUGGCCGCUCCUUACAAGCCGGGCUGCUUCGAUUAUCUGCAAAGUGUGAUGGUAUUCUUGGCUUCCGUGGCGGUCACAUUUGCCGGGAUUGUCAUCGCAGCGCGUGCGUAUGUCAGCGGCGAAGCUUACACGUUCGCGUGGCUCGCCGGUGCCUCACUGGCCUGCUGGGCGACGCACGGGGGUUGCAAGUGUCUGGUAUGCAGCAUCGCCCACUCCACAGGCCAGCAGGCCCUGAGCGACUCUGUUGUGGCAACAUCGGCGUAG